AUGCCUGAACUAACACCUGCUGCAAUUCAUGGUAAAGAUGCACAAUAUAGGCCAGAACCUCCAAACACGCCUCAGCUGCAGCCACCAGCACACAUGCUUCCUCGUCAACAAGGACAUCGACCAUCACUUUCUCAGCUUACAUCGAUGCCAGGUUCUAUGCCAGGGCCAUCGCCAGUGAACCCAGCACUACCGUCCAUGGCACACCCGAUGAAGCUUAUGACCCUCUUGAUCCAAAUGGGAACAUCACUAUCAAAUGGGAUAUCAUGGAGUGGACCUCAGAUGGCUAUACUCUGCUAUACUGAAACUUUGUCAUCACUUAAGAUCACAAUCCACGAGUGCUGCGAGCGAUGCCGAUUGAGUCCCUGAUGGAUGAGUUCCACGAGAACCACCCUUACGAAUCAAACAAGGGGCUUUUCUCCAUAUUCAUUCUAU